CUGUUAAUAUCGCACUAGGGCUCGUUCUAGGGCACAUGAUGACUCGUUAGCCAUUUUAUAAAUUUUUUUUUUAUCUUAAACAAAAUAAUUACGAAACUUUAAAAUAUUGUUGGCUUUCGUGAGCAAUAUCAGAAAAUUUUAGAUUUUCUAAUAAUAAAUUUAUAUGUUUUUAUUCAGUUUACAUCCAAAUGGACUAUGAGAUAGAUCAGAAAAAUAAUAAUUUUGCUUCUUUAUAAAAAUUUUACAGCAUCCUUACCUAAAUGAACUACAUUGAAGGUUCUAAGCGGAUCAUUUUUUACCUUUUGAUCUUAGUCAGCUUUAUUUGCCUACCUGGAAUUAUAUCCACCGUUGGAAAUGAGCACAGCUUUUUAAAGGGGAAUUAUUCAGAGCACUGGCUCUGGAACUUCGAGGAUUUUCAGUUAUCUUUCAUCGAAGCUGGUUGUUCUUUGCCGUUCAGCAACUGUGAAUAUCGACCAUUCCAUAGACGAAUAUUGUCGUACAUUAUUGUAAAUGCUCUCACGUGCUUCAUAUGUGCCCUUAUUUACUAUCCAGGAUAUGUAGCAGGACAGAUAUUGCCAUUACCUCAAAUCAAUAUUCAGACUUUCGUUAGAAUCGGACGCCUCGAAUUCGGAGUCUAGAAAUAUAAGAAUUUUAUUUUAUUAUUG